UUGUCAAUUUGUUUUUUUUUCUUUACCAGCCAUUUGCAUUGUCAUUAUCUGCUUGAUUGGGACCAUAUGGUAUCUCAAACAUGGUGCACACAAAAAGAAGAAGAAGAAGAAGAAUAAGAAUAAGAAUAAGAAGGGGAAAGAUGAAAAUAAAACAAAGCCAGUGGAGAAGGAAGACACAGAUGACAAGGAGGAGUACUGGGAUGAUGAGAACUCACAAGAUAGCGCUUUCAUCAGAUAUUGGAUCAAUGAUUCUAACGGGGAAGCAACUAUUGAGUACGAGAAUGGAGAACAAAUUCAAGCAAGCUACAUCAAAAUGAAGAAAGAAGAUGCCUUGGACUGUUAUUUUUACACUAGUAGUGCCUCUCAUGAGAGCAUUCUUUCCCCUCUAUGGGUAGCAAAGGACACAGGAAGUGAAGAUUGGUUCAUAUUCUACGAACGAUUCACACCUUUCACUCAGAUUAACUGGAACCAAACGGAUGAGACUAAGCUAUAUACUUCAGCCGGCAACUUGUUAAAGGUUUUGAAGUAUAUGUAUGAUUCACUCCUUGUUCACAAGCAUAUGGACAACCUAGACAAUUACGUUGUCCACAAAGGCAUGGUAAAGUUAAUCAACAUCCAUGCAAAAUGUCGGAUGGGUGACAACGGAUGGUGUCAGGAUCUUAUAGGCUUGACCGAGAGUUUUGACGUCAUUUUGCCUCAAACUAGAUUGGCUGAGCGCAAAUGCUUCAUCGAUUUUCUUACUGACACAAGUAAAAUGCCCCGGUAAGUACUCUCCCCCCUCACAAAUGUUUCAAAUCUCUUAUUACAAUAAAUCUGGUAUAUCUUUCCCUACUACUAAAUUGGUAAAGCUAGUGCCUGUCUUCUGCCCUACCUAAUUGUAUUAUUUCUUUUUCUUUUUUCUUUCUUUAGAAAUUGCUACAUUGACAGACUACAGAAGGCAAUCACAUACCCUUACCUCCAUGAGAGUAAGAGAAGGGUGAAGUACUUCUCUGAUUUGCAUAUGGCGAUGACGGGUCAUACAUGUCCAGGACCCCAGGCA